GGCGCUGUGGUGAAGCAGGGGUCCCGGCACUGGAAAUGCCUGUGGGAUCUGUGACACAGCUGGGUUGGGUCAGAGGGUGCCUGGGUCCUCGGGGUCUCAGCCCAUCAUGGUCCCCAGAGGCUUUGCUCCCUUGGUGCCCUUCAUUUUCUGACCAGCUCAAGGAAGAGAACCUGAAGAUACUGAACCAGGAAGCAGGCGCACAAAGAAAAGCAGAAGUGGAAGACUUGGAGACUUGAUCCUCCUCCUUGAAGGGGCCUAAAGCCGCCUGGUGCUGUUGCCGGUGACAUCUGUGCCGGAGGGAUGACCUGGCAGGGCCGGGUCGCGUGGCUGCCUUGGGCACUGCUGCUUCUCUGGGGCCCAGGCUGUUCAUCUCUGAGUGGCCCCACCUCCGUGACGGGCACCGUGGGGGGAUCCCUGAGCGUGCAGUGUCAGUACGAGGAGAAAUUCAGAGAGGUGGCCAAAUACUGGUGCAAAACCCCAUGUUUGUGGACUACUGUAAAGACCAAAGAGGCAGACAGAGAAGUGAGGAAAGGCCGUGUGUCCAUCAGGGACCAUCCUGCAAACCUCACCUUCACAGUGACCUUGGAGAACCUCACAGAGGAUGAUGCAGGAACGUACUUGUGUGGGAUCGAUACAUCAUGGUUCCCAGGACAUUUGCUCGAACCCACCUUCCUUGUUGUGGUGUCUGUGACCCCAGCAACAGAGUCCACCCCACCUGUCAGCAUCACUGUAACCCAGAUGUCGAAAAGCACAGCUAAAAUUAUGACUACGUUGGCCCACCCCUCCUCUGCUGCCACAACCGCCGUGGGAGCCACCCGCAGUGCAAGCGGCCAGGAGGCAUUCCCGCCGAGCCAGGGCCUGGGGCUCCAAGUACUCCUCUCCUUGUUGGCACUUCUGCUGCUUCUGCUGGGGGGCAGCUCGCUGCUGGCCUGGAGGAUGGUUCGCAGACAGGUCAAAUCUGGUGAGAAUCCAGAGCCACUCCGGACCCCUAGUCAGGUAAGACAACAAGGGGAGCCCCACUAUGUGAAUCUGGAGCUGCAGAUGUGGCCCCUUCGGGAAGAGCCUGUGCAUCCGAGGGAGGCGGAGGUGGAAUACAGCACAGUGAAGGCUCCCAGGGAAGAACUUCACUACUCGUCCAUGGUAUUUGACCUCCAGAGUGGGGAUUCUAAGGCCAAAAAGAUUCGCUCCCAGAGGACCCUGGAGGAGACACAGUACAGUGUGAUUACGAAGACAUAA